GCGCCGAGUCCUUUUGUCCAAGAUGGCGGCGCCGGGGGCGCUACCUCCUCGGCCGCCGCCGCCGCCGCUGUGAGGGGCCUGCGGGCCGCCCGCCCGCCCGCCGCGCCGGCGCCAUGAAGAGGCAGAGCGAGCGAGACUCGAGCCCGAGCGGGCGCGGCUCGUCAUCGUCGGCCAAGCGGCCGCGGGAGCGCGAACGGGAGGCGGAGGCGGGCGGGCGGCGGGCGGCGCACAAGGCCUCGGGCGGCGCCAAGCAUCCCGUUCCAGCGAGGGCCCGAGACAAACCCCGCGGUAGCGGGGGCGGCGGGGGUGGGCAUCGUGACGGCCGCGGCGCCGGGGACGCAAAUCACCGUGCGAGCAGCGGCCGCUCCUCGGGCUCGGGCGCCGGCGGCGGAGGACGCGGCGGCAAGGCCUCCGGGGACCCAGGCGCUUCAGGUGCUUCACCCCGCGCGUCUCCACUGCCACCACCUCCGCCACCACCCGGGGCUGAGCCCGCGGGUCCCGGCUCUUCGGCAGCCGCGCCCGAGUACAAGACGCUACUCAUCAGCAGCCUCAGCCCCGCGCUGCCCGCCGAGCACCUCGAGGACCGGCUCUUCCACCAGUUCAAGCGCUUCGGCGAGAUCAGCCUGCGCCUGUCGCACACACCGGAGCUGGGCCGCGUGGCCUACGUGAACUUCCGGCACCCGCAGGACGCACGCGAGGCCCGCCAGCACGCCCUGGCCCGCCAGCUGCUGCUCUACGACCGGCCGCUCAAGGUGGAGCCCGUGUACCUGCGUGGCGGCGGCGGCGGCGGCGGCGGGAGCAGCAGGCGAAGCAGCAGCAGCAGCGCUGCCGCCUCCACGCCGCCCCCGGGGCCGCCCACGCCCGCCGACCCGCUAGGCUACUUACCCCUGCACGGCGGCUACCAGUACAAGCAGCGCUCGCUGUCCCCAGUAGCCGCCCCGCCGCUGCGAGAGCCCCGCGCCCGCCACGCUGCAGCAGCCUUUGCCCUGGAUGCUGCCGCUGCCGCCGCAGUGGGACUAUCCCGGGAGCGGGCCCUGGACUACUACGGGCUGUAUGACGACCGCGGGCGCCCCUACGGCUACCCUGCUGUGUGUGAGGAGGACCUGAUGCCUGAAGAUGACCAGCGGGCCACGCGCAACCUCUUCAUCGGGAACCUGGACCACAGCGUGUCUGAGGUGGAGUUGCGGCGGGCCUUUGAGAAGUACGGCAUCAUUGAGGAAGUGGUCAUUAAGAGACCUGCCCGUGGCCAGGGUGGUGCGUAUGCCUUCCUCAAGUUCCAGAACCUAGACAUGGCCCACAGGGCUAAGGUGGCCAUGUCGGGCCGGGUGAUUGGCCGAAACCCCAUUAAGAUAGGCUAUGGCAAGGCCAACCCUACCACUCGCCUCUGGGUGGGCGGCCUGGGACCUAACACCUCACUGGCCGCUCUGGCCCGGGAGUUUGACCGCUUUGGGAGCAUUCGGACCAUUGAUCACGUCAAGGGAGAUAGCUUUGCUUACAUCCAGUACGAGAGCUUGGAUGCAGCUCAGGCUGCCUGUGCAAAAAUGAGGGGCUUUCCCUUGGGUGGUCCAGACCGGAGGCUGCGUGUGGAUUUUGCCAAAGCAGAGGAGACUCGGUAUCCCCAGCAGUACCAGCCCUCACCCCUCCCUGUGCAUUAUGAGCUGCUGCCCGACGGAUAUACCCGGCACCGAAACCUGGAUGCAGACCUACGGGUGCGGGAUAGGACCCCCCCCCACCUCCUGUACUCGGACCGAGACCGGACCUUUUUGGAAGGGGACUGGACCAGCCCUAGUAAAAGCUCUGACCGCCGGAACAGCCUGGAGGGCUACAGCCGGUCAGUGCGCAGCCGGAGUGGGGAGCGCUGGGGAGAUGGGGACCGGGGCCUGCCCAAGCCCUGGGAGGAGAGGCGGAAGCGGAGGAGCCUUUCCAGUGACCGAGGGAGGACAACCCACUCCCCUUAUGAGGAACGGAGCAGGACCAAGGGUGGUGGGCCGCAGGUGGACCGGGGCUCUGACCGCACUCCUGAGCGUAGCCGUAAGGAGAACCACUCCAGUGACGGGACCAAGGAGUGCAGCAGCAACUCCCUCAGCAACAGCAGACAUGGGGCUGAGGAGCGCAGCCACCACCACCACCAUGAGGCUCCAGACUCUUCUCAUGGGAAGAAGACACGAGAGAGCGAGCGCAAUCAUCGGACCGCUGAGGCUGAGGCCAAGCCUCUGGAAGAGCCAAAACAUGAGACCAAAAAGCUCAAGAAUCUUUCCGAGUAUGCCCAGACCCUGCAGCUGGGCUGGAAUGGGCUCCUGGUGUUGAAAAACAGCUGCUUCCCGACAUCUAUGCACAUCCUGGAGGGGGACCAGGGGGUCAUCACUGGCCUCCUCAAAGACCACACUUCCGGGAGCAAGCUGACCCAGCUGAAGAUCGCGCAGCGUCUGCGCCUGGACCAGCCCAAGCUCGAUGAGGUCACGCGUCGGAUCAAGCAGGGGAGCCCCAACGGCUAUGCGGUGCUCCUCGCCACCCAGGCGACCCCCAGCGGGCCUGGCACGGAGGGGAUGCCCGCGGUGGAGCCAGGCCUACAGAGGCGGCUUCUCAGGAACCUGGUCUCCUACUUGAAACAGAAGCAGGCGGCGGGGGUGAUCAGCCUGCCGGUGGGUGGGUCCAAGGGCAGAGACAGCACGGGCAUGCUCUAUGCCUUCCCACCCUGCGACUUUUCACAGCAGUACCUCCAGUCAGCACUGAGGACAUUGGGCAAGCUAGAAGAAGAACACAUGGUGAUAGUUAUAGUAAGAGACACUGCCUAGCCCAGACCUAUUUGCAGCUCCGCAUUUGUGUCACAAAAAGCAAUUAUUUUAAAAAUCUGAUCACCACUCCCUCCCCACAUCCUAUCCCCUUGGUUUGAAUUCUCUGCUGGGUUAUUUUGGUUCAUUGGAUGGGGGACCAGAGUCCUGAUCCCCACCAAAACUAAGUUCUUAGUUUUCGGGGGGGGGGGUUGUUUGUUUUUGUUUUGUUUUUUUUUACAGCAAUGAGAAAGGGACUCCUGUCACGUUGAUUUCUAGUGUACAAGAUACUGUCUGCUGUGUUCUGUAUUUUUUUUAUUUUUUGACUAACUGUAUGGAAAGUUGUCAGUAAAGCCUUUGUCAGAGGAUGGAUUUUUAAUCC